AUGAAGGAGCUGAUGGGGAGGAGGGUGAACGUCAGGGCCAGAAACCACGUGGGCAGAGUGGCUCUGCACUGGGCUGCAGGCACGGGGCACGAGCAGGCAGUGAGGCUGCUCCUGGAGCAUGAAGCGCUGGUGGACGAUGCAGAUGUGUUUGGGGUGAACGCACUCCUCCUGUCUGCCUGGUUCCGUCACCUGCGGAUCGUGCAAAUCCUGGUCAGCUUCGGGGCGAAGGUCCACUGUGAGAACAAGGACGUCCUGACCUUACUGCACUGUGCUGCCCAGAAAGGCCACGUGCCAGUGCUGGUGUACAUGAUGGAGGACCUGGAGGAUGUGGCCCUGGACCAGGCAGAUAAGCUGGGCAGGACAGCGUUUCACAGGGCUGCUGAGCACGGGCAACUGGAGGCUCUGGACUUCCUCGUGGGCUCUGGAUGUGACCAAGGCGUCAAGGACAAGGAGGGAAACACAGCGCUUCACCUGGCUGCCGGCCGCGGCCACUUGGCGGUGCUGCAGCGGCUGGUGCACCUGGGGCUGGAUCUGGAGGAGAGGAACGCGGAGGGGCUGACCGCCCUGCACGCCGCUGUGGAAGGUGCCCAUGCUGACUGCGUACAGCUCCUCCUCGACGCCGGCAGCGACGCCAACGCCCUCACCCAGAAAAAGCUGAGCUGCCUGCACUAUGCGGCCCUCAGGGGCUGCGAGGACGUGGCCAGGGCGCUCAUCCGAGCAGGAGGCUGCACCCAAGUGGCAGAUCACCGGGGCACCUCUCCAAUGCACCUGGCUGUGAGACACAACCGCCCCGCCCUGGUCCAGCUCCUCAUUGAUGCCCACAGUGACCUGGAUGCCACUGACCAUAGGCAGCAAACGCCCCUGCACCUCGCCGCCGAACACGCCUGUCAGGAGGCGGCGGAGCUGCUCCUGGUCAUGGGGGUCGACUUAAACCUGACAGAUAAGCAGGGGAAGACUGCCCUGGCUGUGGCUGCCCGUGGCAACCAUGUCAGCUUGGUGGACAUGAUCAUAAAAGCAGAUCGUUUCUACAGGUGGAAGAAGGACCACCUUUCCUGCAGGGACUCCCACGACCAUGCUACAAAGAGCCUGACCUUUAAGCAGGACCACCGGCAGGAGACCCGGCAGCUCCGCUCCAUUCUGUGGCGCCUGGCCUCCAGGCACCUGCGCCCCCAUGAGUGGAAGAGGCUGGCGUACUCCUGGGAGUUCACCGAGGCCCACGUGGCUGCCAUUGAGCAACAGUGGACAGGCACCAGGAGCUACCAGGAGCAUGGCCAUCGAAUGCUUCUCAUCUGGCUGCACGGUGUGGCUGUCGCCGGCGAGAACCUGGGCAGAGCGCUGUUUGAGGGCCUUGUGGCCAUUGGCAGGAGAGACCUGGCAGAAAGCAUCAGGAAGAAAGCAAAUGCAGAGCCCAGUGGCCCCCGGGGGUGCACGACCAUGUGACUGGAGGAG